AAUUUCGAUGUAAAAGAAUGCUCUGAAGUAUUUUUGGUAUGUUGUCAAAAGAUCGAGGUUAAGAUGCUAAUUUAACUCCUGUUCAAAAACCGAAUAGAAGACAAUUUUUUAACUUUCUUCUAUAUUACUAUUCAAAACAAAUAAGGUUACACCCAUUUUCAUCAAGUUCACACAUCCUUUGAGAUAUUUUUUUGCCAUACUGUCACGUAAACAAAAAGAUUUGAUUGUCGCUUCUGCAAAAUUUUAAUUCAUCCUAGAAAAAAUGUCUUUUAUGGUAGAAAAUAGACCAACCAAUGAAAUAAGCAAUAAAGAUAGAGAACAUUUUCUUUCUUUAGAAGUAACUGAAGAUUAUAGCUUUAAGUAUAUACCUGAAAGUCAUUUUAAACACAUAGUAAGAAAUGUACAGAGACACAGACGCAAAGAGGAUGAGGAACGUAUAUGGGCUUCAUUCGUUAAAGAACAGGAGUUAAAUAGUUUGAGGUUUGACAAAAAAGAUGUUGACUAUUCUAUACAAAAUAUGAAAGACCUGUUGCAAGAAAAUAUGCAAAAUGUAGAUAGAGAACUUAAAAGACUUGAAGAAGAUGCCCUCCCUGAACGAAGUAAAGGAAUUCGAAAUCCUAAAUCUAAUGUUAAAAAUGAAGUGAUUUAUACAAAAGUAAACAGCAUCAGGAACAAUUAUUCAAAAGAGAAAAUGUUAACAAAGAAUAGGGGUACAUGUAAAACUAAUGUUUCAGUUCCAACUUCUCGGGGCAGUAAUAUUUAUAUGUAUAGUGAAUCUGAAGGACAGAAAACAGUUUUUAAAUCUAAGGCUAAAAAAUCUUUGUCAGAUUCUUCUAUCACAGAGAAAAAAUGUUAUACAAACCAACUUCUUCGUGCAACCAAUCAUUUUGAGAAUAAUUCUGAUACAGAUUCAAGUAAUAACAAAGAUGAUAUUGUUUAUAUACAACCAGAUCCAUUUACCAUACAGAAACUAUUAUCGAUGCAAAAGAAAAUUGCUGAACUACUAGAUGAAAUAUCAUUUAGAUUAUGCAGAAUUCCUUUACCAGAUGGUGAUAGUGAUUUGAAAAGAAGACAACAGCAAACACUAGAAUUUUCUAUAAGAUUUUCAAGAAAUUAUCUGUACAAUCUUAACAGACUUGUUACAAGCAUUCAAAGACAUAUCAGAGCUAUGUCUCCCAGACUAGGAUUAAAACAAUAUAAGAAUAUUGUAUUUCAUCAAGAUAUGAUAAAACAAAAGCUGGUUGCUGCUCAUCAAUUAUUAAUACAAGCUCUAACUGCUUAUUAUAAACAUAUUCCAAACUCUAUUCUUGAAGGUCAUUCUACAAAACUUCAAGAUGUGUUACAGGUUGUCUACAAUCUGAUAAAUAUUUGUGAUAAAAUUGAGAUUUCUACUUACUAUUUCUGUUCAGGAGAUACUACAAUUAUACCGUUGGGGAAGACUCUUCAAAAUAAAUGUGAUGCUAUUUUAUCUAAAUUAAAGUUAAAUUUAGAAAGUAGAUAUGGAUCCACAAGUCACAAGAAUGUACAAUCUGUAAUCACUACUGCACCAAUAUUUUUACCUAACAAAGGACGUUGCAAUCGCAAGAAUCUAUCUAAUCGGUUAAGCAUGUACAGCAUGGAUGUUAAAAUGUCUAAGGGUAAUCUAAAGAGAAGAAACGAUAUAAGAAGAAAAAGCUAUACUUAUCAGAAAGAAAAUGAGAAUAAUACUAAGGAAAUCGGAAAUUUGUACGCUCAGGAUUAUACGUUACCAGAACUACUAUAUCCUAGUCCUAUAACGCGUACGACAUCUUCGAGGGACGCUGUUCAGAUUGAUUCCAUGAAAAAUAUAAAUAAUUCUAAAGAAGAUGACAUUCGAACUGUGAUGGAUGGAUUAACGAUAGAUUCUGAAAAUGAUAGUAAUAUAGAAAUACGAACUAAACGUAAACCUGAAACAAAUAGUGGACAACAAUCGGUCGCAAUACGUAAAAAGACAUCUACAGAAAUGCGGGAGGCGAAAAAUAUGAAAAGCAAAGGAGUAAAUAUUGAAGCAAACAAUUUUACUAACGAGGAGGAUGAUUUAAUUAAAAAAGUAACUACAAUUCCCAAGGAGCAUUUGGUUGCACUAGCUCCUGUAAUAAACGACUUAGUGGCUCUUGUAUCAAAAAAGAAAAAUGAAUUGGAGAUGCAACCUGUUUCGGAAACGUCUGUGGAAACAUUAAGAGAAUUUUUACAAAAAUAUCAGUCACCUAAAGAUUGUGAUACUAAAGCUUCUUUAGCAAAAACCAGUUAUGAACAACAAUCACAUUGUAAUCUUAAUGGCUUAUCUGAAAUUAAAAGACACAAUGAAAAUGUACAAUUAAUUUGUGUAUCUUCUAUGGGCAAAGUUCCUAAAAUGACACAUUGUGAUGCUUCGUGUCAAGUAGAUUAUGAGACAGCACUAAAGAUUAUUCAUAACGGGAAGGUUACUGAUUCAAACAUCAAAAAUGGAGUGCAGCUUGCUAUUUCAGAAGAAACUGAAUUACUAUUUCUAACAUACAGAUGUGAAUAUAAAAAAUUGUGUCAAUCAAGGCCAAUGUAUUCUAGCAAUACACAAAAUAAACCAUGGGAUAUCGUGGCAUGGAUAUCUGAUAAAUUGAUAGAGGAAUUAAUAAUUGAAAUAACAGAAGAGUUACAAAUGAAUGAUGUAAUUAAAAAACUGUUUGAAAUGGAAUUUCAAGAAUUAUAACAGCACAACGUUCGUUUAUAUGGGAUUAAUAUAGGAAAUCAUAUUUACAAACCAAAUAAUUUUUCAAAUGUUUUUUAUUCAAAAGUACAACUUUUUAAAUAAAUUAUUACUUUGUA